GACACUACCCUGAUGGAUGGUCUUAGAAUAAUUUUUCCCACACAAAACUCUGAUUGCCACUGGCUAAAGCGGUUGAAUGUUACACAACGAUCCCAACCUAAUUCCAUCAAUCAUUCGCUUGUUACUCGGUACACCACCCGAUAAGCCCCUUAGAGUUAGGACUAGCCAGCUCCAAUGACUUGGAAUCAUGCUUAGCUGAUCCCUUCCAAGUCACGCAAAGCGUCCCAAGGGGUCGGGCAACAUACGAGAAAAAGGCUCCGCAAAUGCAAGAAGACCUGGGGAGCAUGGUCCAAUCCGGGGACUCCAAGCGGGACGAUGUAUAAAUACUAAUGGGAGUCUCAAUCAUGCAGAAUAUCGUAUCGCUGGAGAUCAACCCAUCUCUUCCAAACACAGGUCUUUUGUAUACCUUCUGAUAUCUCGAUACUUGUACGAUUCUGUGGUUUCAUUCCUCCGAUGUCCUCUUCUGUUCAUCCGCGCGUGAGCGCAUACACUUGGGGAUGUGGUCUUUUUGCAGCAGUGGGUUCCUUGUUGUACGGUAUUGACUCUGGUAUCGUUUCGACCACGAUUGCGCAGAAGGCUUUCCUUGAAUAUUUUGCACCUUUCCCUCCAUCCAUCAAAGGAGCUCUCGUUAGCACGUUCGGUGCUGGAUCUGUUUUUGGUGUCUUCUUCGCGGGAUGGUCUGCCGAUUACCUGGGACGAAAGCGGACUAUCAUGAUCGGUGCGGUGAUUGCACUGAUUGCUGGCAUCAUACAAGCUGCUGCUGUUCACAUUGGUAUGCUUAUCGCUGGACGUAUCAUUGGAGGUUUUGCUGUUGGAAUCAUGAACAUGACCAUCCCAAUCUACAAUUCAGAAAUUGCCCCCCCUCACAAGCGUGGUAUGAUCUCUGGUCUUCAUGCUCAGUUUGUCGGCAUCGGGUUUGCCUGCGCCAACUGGGUUGGAUUUGGUUGCUCCUAUGCCCAUGGGCAGUUUCAAUGGCGAUUCCCCCUCGCAUUCCAGUGUCUGCCCGCUAUCAUCGUUCUCCUCGGCAUCUUCUGGCUUCCAUACUCCCCGCGUUGGCUACUCGAGCAGGAGCGCGACGAAGAAGCUUAUAAAGUGAUCAAGCGGCUUCACGGAAACGACGGCGAUGAUACAUUCUUCCGUGCUGAGUUCACACAGAUGCGUGAUCAGCUUCGGUUUGAGAAAAGCCAACAGCAAGCAGGCUGGAAGGAUCUUUUCGCCACAAAGAGUAACAGGAAGAGAGUCUUGCUUGCUGUCCUCGUGCAGGCCUUUACCCAGCUAUCCGGUAUCAAUGUCAUUAAUUACUACCAGACAGAUCUGUACAAGGGCCUCGGUAUGAGGGGCCACAUGGUCACGCUUCUCGCUGGUGUGUACGGCCUCGUUGGACCCAUUGCCAACGUCAUUUGCCUCAAGUAUGUUGACACUUGGGGUCGCAAGAAGACACUAUGGAUCACUGGACUCGCGAUGACUAUUGACAUGGCGCUCGUAAUGGGACUCAGUGGCGCCUACGGAAAGUCUGACAACACAACUGCUAAGGGCUUUACCAUCGCCUUCAUAUUCUGCUUCUCCAUUAUAUACUCUCUCGGUUACAACUCGAUUCAUUAUAUUUAUGUUCCGGAGAUCAUGACCAUGGCAAUCCGCGCAAAGGGAUCUUCCAUUUCGGUCAUUUCCAAUGUUCUUAUCAACAUUUUGUUCAACCAGGUCUCCCCACUCGCAUUCGCCGAUGUAGGAUACCGAUACUACUCCCUCUUUAUUUGCACGAACUUGCUAGGAGCGAUCGUUGUGUUCUUCAUAUUCCCAGAAACAAAGGGCAAGACACUCGAAGAGAUUGCUCACAUCUUCGGCGACGAGGUGGUUGUUGCCGACUUGGACACUGUAAAGGAGAAAGUCGCACAUCAGGAGGACGGCGAUGUUGUAACCGUCGAGGACAAGAAAUAAGGAUACUCCAAAGUCGCUACGGUGAUGUGAAUCACUGCGUGCAAGUUGGUUAGGGAUUUCAGCCAUCCUACGCCAGAGGCUGAAACCCGCACAUACAGAUUGCCGCGAAAUGGUACUUCGAUCAAAC